AUGACUCUUACAGGUUUGUUCUUAGAAAAACCGAGUAUUGAGAAAUAUAGAAAGGUUGAAUUUCCUCCCUUCGAUGUGAAUGAAAAUGAUAGCUUCAAAAUCAACGUGAAGAUAGUGCAGAGAAAAUCAAACGGGAAGAUAGUGUUUGCUCAUGGAAAAGAAGAUUUUGCAGACUUUCUUAUUAGUUUGCUGAGAAUUCCUUUAGGAGGAGUGGUACAUUUGAUGGAGGGCUUUUCUUGUAUGUACAAGAGCAUUCUUAAUUUAGAUCAAAAUUAUUGGACAGCAGAUAAUGUAAAGAAUAAGCUUGUUGAUCCUGGUCUUGUCCCACAGUUCCUAGUAAGUAACAAGCUGUUUCCAAUUUUCGGCUCCAAAUAUUUUUGUUGCACUGAGAUCAAAUAUUCCACCUUUAUAUAUGGAGCAGGUACCGAUCCAUAUUUAACGGCCUGUUUUCUAACACCGAGACAUGGAAAAAGUGUCCGAGGAUUUACAGAUGUGGAAUUUGUUGAUCCUAUAUUAAAUAGAAAAAAUUGUAAAAAUAUUGUGAAAGGGCCCACAAUGUACAUGGCAACAGAUGAUUUAGUUGUGACGCCAAUGACGGCAACUUCUGUUAUAUCUUUACUUGCAACUAUGAGCAUUCCUUUCAGUGACUUGGAAGAGAAAGAGUUUAGCAUUGGCAUCAAGGAGGCUGUUGGAAUACUACAAGCAUCAUUGACAUCAAAAUCAGCCCUUACAACUGCUCUCUGUCACCUGUUAACCCAAAUUAAGCAGGAGAACUAAUUAGUAAUAUUGUUGGAUUUGCA